AUGGAGCAACAAAUUGACUAUACAUCCAGUUGGAACCCAUUGUUUCUGAAUUUGCUAACUCAAGUCAAUGUACUAGCCAUCAAUCAUGGGAUGCACGACAACUCAACCCAAACCCCAGUGGGUGAGUUGCUCACGUCAUCAUCAUCAUCGUCAUCAACGCCAUCCCUGUGGAAAAUGUUGAGCUGUUAUACCAAACAUGAAUCAUGGGGACCCUUAUCUGACAAAUACAAUGAUUUCACCCCGUGUUUCUUACAAGGAAUACUAUUUGGUGUAUCUUCAUUAUUAAUGAUUGUUGUGGGAUCUUACCAGUUGGUGUAUUUACGAAACAAGAAAAUAAAAGUGGCCAAUCGAAUCGAUUGGAGUUUCUAUAUCAAAUUAUUACUUGUUGUGAUCCAAUUGGGAUUUCAAGUUGCCUUGCUUGUCACUUACCCAUUACAUCAAGGCGGUGUUAUUGAAACAUCAUUAGCGUUGAAUAUUGUUGCCACUAUUGUUGCUUUGGGUAUUCAUUAUUUGGAACAGUUUAAAUCAACCGUGCCCAAUGGAGUGUUGCUUUUUUAUUGGUUAUUCCAAAUCAUUUUGAAUCUCGGUAGAAUUGUUAAUUUACAACUACGUCAUCAAUUUGAUCUGCAUUUUGCCAUAUUGGUAGUGUUGAGUACUGUGAAUGCAUUUGCCAUCUUGUUGAUUGAGACUAUAUUCCCCAUGAGACCAAUCAAUUAUGCCCAACGAGCCAAAUAUGUAUCACCUUAUGAUCGAGCCAAUGUAUUUUCAAGAAUCACUUUUGAUUGGAUUGGUGGAUUAAUGAAACGUGGGUAUAUACAAUAUCUCACGCAAAGGGAUUUACCACCACUUCCUAAAUCGUUGAAGGCAACCACCACCACGGAUGAUUUUGACUACUAUUGGAAUAAGCAACCUGCUGGAAAAAAGUCAUUAUUUUGGGCAAUUUCGAAAGCUUUUGGCGGUCAAUUUCUUUUAGGUGGUGUUUUCAAAGGAGCUCAAGAUUGUUUGGCAUUUAUCCAACCUCAAUUGUUACGGUUGUUGAUCAAAUUCGUCAAUGAUUAUUCGAAAUCGAUGAAAAAGGGUGAGCCAUUACCUUUAACUAGAGGUUUAUUGAUUGCCGUGGCUAUGUUUGUUGUUUCAAUUGUACAAACUGCAUGCUUGCAUCAGUAUUUCCAAAGAGCAUUUGAUUUCGGAAUGAAGAUCAAGAGUUCCUUAACUUCAACCGUGUAUGACAAGUCGCUUGUAUUGUCGAAUGAGUCCAAACAAGAAUCUUCAACUGGUGAUAUUGUCAACUUGAUGUCGGUUGAUGUUCAAAGAUUACAAGAUUUGCUGCAGAACUUGCAAAUCGUAUGGUCGGGUCCAUUUCAAAUCAUCAUUUGUUUGUAUUCGUUACAUGGAUUGAUUGGUAAUUCCAUGUGGGCUGGUGUUGCCAUUAUGGUGAUUAUGAUUCCCUUGAAUGCGGUAAUUGCUAGAAAGCAGAAGCAAUUGCAAAAAUCACAAAUGAAGUACAAGGAUAAAAGAUCGAGAUUGAUCAAUGAAAUUUUAAACAAUAUCAAGAGUUUGAAGUUGUACGGAUGGGAGGUGCCAUACUUGGAUAGGUUAAACUAUGUGCGUAAUGAUUUGGAAUUGAAAAAUUUGAAACGAAUGGGUAUUUUUAUGGCUACUGCCAACUUCACUUGGAACUUGGCACCGUUCUUGGUUAGCUGUUCAACAUUUGGUGUGUUUGUAUUGACUCAGAAAAAGAGUUUAUCCACUGAUUUGGUUUUUCCGGCUUUAUCCUUGUUCAACCUCUUGUCAUUCCCUUUGGCAGUGGUGCCCAUGGUUAUUACAAACAUUGUUGAAGCACAAGUUGCCAUUGGUAGAUUGACCAAGUAUUUAACAAGUUCUGAAUUGCAAGAGAAUGCAGUGGUGAAGUUGCCACCAGCUAAAGAACUUGGUGACGUUGCCGUUUCAAUCAAAAAUGGUACAUUCUUGUGGUCAAAAGCCAAAGGUGAACAAAAUUAUAGAGUUGCGUUAUCAAACAUCAACUUGACUGCGAAAAAGGGACAAUUGGACUGUAUUGUUGGUAAAGUUGGAUCUGGUAAAUCAUCAAUCAUACAAUCCAUCUUGGGUGACUUGUACAAAUUAGACGGUGAAGUGACUUUGCAUGGGAAAGUUGCCUAUGUUCCACAAGUGCCUUGGAUCAUGAAUGGUACUGUCAAAGACAAUAUCCUUUUUGGACACAAGUAUGAUGCUGAGUUUUAUAACCAAGUGUUGAAGGCUUGUGCAUUGACGGUGGAUUUGGCCAUUUUACCCAAAGGUGACAAGACUGAAGUGGGUGAAAAGGGUAUUUCAUUAUCAGGAGGUCAAAAGGCAAGAUUGUCUCUCGCUAGAGCUGUUUAUGCUCGUGCUGAUGUUUACUUGUUGGAUGAUCCAUUGAGUGCGGUUGAUGAACAUGUUGGUAAGCAUUUGGUUGAUCAUGUGUUGGGACCAUUGGGUCUUUUGAGAAGUAAAUGUAAAGUUCUUGCCACCAACAACAUUAAAGUGUUGAGCAUUGCGGAUCAUUUGCAUAUGGUGAGCGCUGGUAGAUUAAUUGAACAAGGAACUUAUGAUGACAUCAUGAAGCAGGAGAACUCUAAAUUGAAGUUGUUGAUUGAUGAGUUUGGUAAAAAGAAGGAGGAAUCACCAACACCAACACCCUCGACGAGAAAAAAUAUUGAAGGAGGCAAACUGAAACCCAAUGAAGAUGGAAAAGACUAUGAAGUGGAGGAUGAUGUAAACUUGGAAGAUUUGGACUCGGAGUAUGACAUGGAUAUAAUCAGUUUGCGACGUGCUUCGGAACAACCCUUGAUACCGGAUGACGAAAGAGAUGAUGAAGAGUAUCGUGAUGAAGUUGAAGAGCUUCAAGAGGAGGAAGAAGAAGACGAAGACACCAAAGCCAGGAAAGAACACAUUGAGCAAGGUAAAGUCAAGUGGGAAGUUUACACUGAAUACGGUAAAGCUUGUGGUCCGGUUAAUGUCCUCAUCUUUUUGGGAUGCAUUAUCUUAUCAUAUGUGAUUAAUGUAAGCUCCACAUUUUGGUUGGAACACUGGUCAGAAAUCAACACCAAGUAUGGUUACAACCCCAAUGUCGUGAAAUACCUUGGUAUUUAUUUUCUUUUGGGUAUCGGCUACUCCCUCAGUUCAUUAAUUCAAAAUAUUUCACUUUGGAUCUUGUGUACGAUUCAAGGGUCCAAGAAGUUACACAAUGCAAUGGCAGUGAGUGUCAUGCGGGCACCAAUGACUUUUUUCGAAACCACGCCAAUUGGAAGAGUAUUGAAUCGAUUUUCCAAUGAUAUUUACAAAAUUGAUGAAGUUAUUGGCAGAGUUUUUAAUAUGUUUUUCAGCAAUACUGUCAAGGUUUUCUUUACAAUUGUGGUUAUUUCAUUUUCAACUUGGCAAUUUGUGUUUUUAAUUUUGCCCUUGGGAGUGUUGUAUGUUUACUACCAGCAAUAUUAUUUGAGAACCUCGAGAGAGUUGAGAAGGUUGGAUUCAGUUUCGAGGUCUCCUAUAUAUGCCAAUUUCCAAGAAUCAUUGGUUGGUGUGUCUACCAUCAGAGCAUAUGGUAAGGAAGAGAGGUUUAGAUUUUUGAACCAGCAUCGUGUUGAUGAAAAUAUGAAGGCUUAUAACCCAGCUAUAAAUGCCAAUAGAUGGUUGGCCGUUAGAUUGGAAUUUUUGGGAUCUGUCAUCAUUCUUGGAGCUGCGGGACUAUCUAUCCUCACGUUGUCAUCCGGUCGUCUUACUGCUGGUCUUGUUGGUUUAUCGGUCUCUUAUGCAUUGCAAAUUACUCAAUCAUUGAACUGGAUAGUGAGAAUGACUGUCGAAGUUGAAACAAACAUUGUCGCGGUUGAGAGGUGUUUGGAAUAUUCGAGGUUGAAGAGUGAAGCACCCGAGAUAAUAUCUGAACAUAGACCGCCACAAGCUUGGCCACAAGAUGGUGAAAUCAAAUUUGAACACUACUCAACCAAAUACAGACCGGAAUUGGACUUGGUAUUGAAGGAUAUAAACAUUGAUAUCAAGCCAAGAGAGAAAAUUGGUAUUGUUGGAAGAACUGGUGCUGGUAAAUCAUCAAUCACAUUGGCAUUGUUUAGAAUCAUUGAGGCCUUUGAAGGUGAUAUCAACAUUGAUGGAAUCAAGACAGAUACUAUUGGAUUAUAUGACUUAAGACACAAGUUGUCCAUCAUCCCUCAGGAUUCACAAGUGUUUGAAGGUACAAUCAGAUCCAAUCUUGACCCUAAUGACGAAUACUCUGAUGAUCAAAUAUGGAAAGCUUUGGAAUUGUCUCACUUGAAAGAUCAUGUUGAGAAGAUGUAUGCAGAACGAGACGUUGAAGAAUCCAAUGAUGAUAGCAAUGGCAGCACUUCUCUGCAACAACAGCCACGUGAUGUUGUACAUGAAGCCGAAAAGGAUCGUGUUGAGACUCCACUUGACGUCAAAAUUACUGAAGUAGGUACCAAUCUAUCCAUUGGACAACGUCAAUUAAUGUGUCUUGGUCGAGUAUUGUUGAAAUUAAACUAUUCAAACAUUUUGGUUCUUGAUGAAGCUACAGCUGCAGUUGAUGUUGAAACUGAUCAAAUUUUACAACAAACUAUCCGUACUGAGUUUAAAGACAAGACGAUCAUCACUAUUGCUCAUCGUUUAAAUACAAUCUUGGACUCUGAUCGUAUUUUGGUUUUGGAGAAGGGACAAGUUGCUGAGUUUGAUACCCCACAAGAGUUGUUGAAAAGGAAGGAUUCGUUGUUUUAUUCCUUGUGUAAACAAGGUGGAUUCAUUGAAGACGAAUAG